AUGUCGUCUUCCAAAAGUUCAGCACCUCAGACGGGUCCCGUUUAUCGUAUUCCACCAUAUUAUUAUAUUCAUGUGUUGGAUCAAAAUACCAAUGUAUCACGAUUGGAAUUGGGACCAAAAACAUUUAUUAAACAAGAUAAUGAAACAGUUACCAUUGGACCGGAGAAAAUGAUCACUGUACCACCAAGACACUACUGUGUUGUUGAAAAUCCUGUGGUGAAAAAUGAAGCUGGAGUAGUACAGUUUGACCAAAAUGGCCAAGCAAGAUUAUCACAUGCCGAUUUAGAUAUAAGACUUGAAAAAGAUUAUAAAGAACCAUUUCCCUUGUAUCCUGGUGAAAUUUUAAGACAGCCUGUUACACCGUUGAAACAUGUUGUGGCUAAUUCCGCAUUAAGAUUAAAAGCUGUUUUGGAUUUUGAUGAUAAUGGAGAGCAACGAAAAGCAGGAGAUGAAUGGCUAUUUGAAGGACCAGGAACUUACACACCACGCAAAGAAGUAUCUGUUGAAGAACAAAUUCGUGCUACUGUGAUUGGUACAAAUCAAGCAAUACGUUUAAGUGCUAAAAAAGAAAUAAUUGAUCGAAUGGGUCAACGUCGUGUAACCGGUGAAAACUGGUUAGUUAAAAAAUCGGGUGCCUAUUUACCAUUGGCUUAUGAAACAGUGGUCAACGUUGAAAAUGCUUACGUUCUAACAGAUAAAAGAGCUUUGCAUCUACGUGCACUAAAAACAUUCACAGAUGAUUUCGGUCAACAACGAAAAAAUGGUGACGAAUGGUUAUUGACAACAGAACAAACUGAAACACAUAUUCUAAAUGUUUAUGAAGAACUUGUAGCCAAUGUUGAUGUAACAACGCUCAAUUCACGACAAUAUUGUGUCAUUUUAAAUCCAGUUUCAGCUGAUGGUAAAAAUCAGUUGGGUAAAAAGAAAUUAGUUGUUGGCGAAAAAUCAUUUUUUCUACAACCUGGUGAACGAUUAGAAAAAGGAAUUCAAGAUGUAUACAUAUUGGGCGAAGACGAAGGUGUUAUAUUGAAAUGUAUUGAAUCAUUCGAUGACGACGAAAAAGAUCAAGGGCCACGUAUGCCAGGUGACAGAUGGAUGAUAAGAGGACCAAGAGAAUAUAUACCACCAACACAAGUCGAAGUACUACUGAGAAGAAAAGCAAUACCUUUAGAUGAAAAUGAAGGUAUCUAUGUUCGUGAUAUUAAAAGCGGUCGUGUUCGAGCGGUCGUUGGUCAAACGUACAUGUUAACGCAAGAUGAAGAACUGUGGGAUAAAGAAUUACCACCACAAGUUGAACAGUUACUAUUAAGAGAUCCAUUAGCCGACAGAAAUGUUAAAGUAAAAGAUUCAGAUAGCAAAACAACUUCGUCAGCAUCACAAUCAUCAAAACGUGAUAAAUCCAAAGUAGUUACAUAUCGUGUUCCACAUAAUGCAGCCGUACAAGUCUACGAUUACAAAGCAAAACAUUCGAGAAUUGUUUUUGGACCUGAAUUAGUCAUGUUGGGACCUGAUGAACAUUUCACAUUAAUCAAUCUCUCUGGAUCUACUCCAAAAAAACCAAAUCAAAUCAAAUCAUUGGCAUUACUAUUGGGCCCAGAUUUUUUUACCGAUGUCAUCGUUAUUGAAACAGCUGAUCAUGCUAGACUAUCACUUCAGUUAUCUUACAAUUGGUUCUUCGAUAUCAAUGAUCGUACCGAUGAGAAAGAAGGGGCAAAAUUAUUUAGUGUACCUGAUUUUGUUGGUGAUGCCGCUAAAGCUAUUGCUAGCCGAAUUCGUGGUGCAGUUGCUGGUGUUCAGUUUGACGAUUUUCAUAAAAACUCAGCCAAUAUCAUUCGUGCUAGUGUAUUUGGUUUAGAAGUUAUACCGGAAACAACAGCAUCCACUGAUAAACAAUCAGUGCCUCAGACCCGUGUUCGUGAUCGUUUUGUAUUUCCACAAAAUAACUUAGUUAUAACAUCCAUCGAUAUCCAGUCAGCUGAACCGGUCGAUCAACGCACUCGAGAUGCGUUGCAGAAGAGUGUACAAUUAGCCAUUGAAAUAACCACAAUGAGUCAGGAAGCGAGUGCUAAACAUGAAGCUUCAAGACGUGAACAAGAAGCAAAAGGCUUAUUGGAACGUCAACGAAUUAAAGAUGAAGCGGGAGCCGAAGAAGUUCGUAAAGCUCUUUUGGAAUUACAAGCGCUGUCCGCUGCCGUUGAGAGCACUGGUCAAGCCAAAGCCGAAGCUCAGAGUCGUGCAGAAUCAACACGUAUUGAAGGCGAAGCAGCCGUUGAACAAGCACGUUUAAAAGCUGAGGCAACGAAAAUUGAAGCCGAAGCCGAAUUAGAACGUUUGAAAUUAGCACGUGAAGCAGAAAUUAAAUUUUUGCGAGAAUCUAAUGAGCUUGAAAUAAAUAAAAAACAAAACAUCUCAAAAAUAGAAAUUGAGAAAUUUCAACUACAAGUAGAAGCCAUUGGUGCAGAUACAAUCCAAGCUAUUGCCACAUCGGGCCCAGAAACACAAGUAAAACUGUUACAAGCACUUGGCUUACAAUCAACAUUAAUUACAGAUGGUCGUAGUCCAAUAAAUCUCAUGGGUUUUGGUCAAAGUUUAUUAGGUGGUGGAGCUGGUGCUCUUUAA